ACGCCCAGUAGGCCGGAAGCGGCAGGGGCGGGACUUGGUGGUAGGCGGAGACCGGAAGUGAGGUGUCGCUAUGGCGGAGCUCUACGUGAAGCCGGGGAAUGCGGCGCGUGGCUGGAACGACCCUCCGCAACUCUCGUACGCGCUGCAGGCCCGGGGCGGCCGCCGGGGCCCGCUCACUCGCAGGGCGCAUGCGCCGCCGACCGCUGCCGCCGGCGACCUAGGUAAGUGUGUGCAGAAACAGGUUUGUGAUGAUAUCAGCAGACGCCUUGCUGUGCUUCAAGAUAUGUGGGCCCAGGGGAAGCUGUCUUCCCCUGUGAAGAAGAGAAUGGCCAUCCUGGUGCAAGAGCUGCAGAAGAAGAACUGGGACUCCGCAGAUGAAAUCCAUCGCUCGCUUAUGGUGGACCAUGUCAAUGAAGUCAGUCAGUGGAUGGUGGGAGUUAAACGCUUAAUUGCUGAGACAAGGGACUUGCCCCCUGGAGCUGUGGCUGCAGACACUGAAGAAAUAUCUGGAGCUCAGCCAGGUGGAGAAGCCUAGUGAGAUGGGCUAAGCCAUGAGGACUUCAGCUGCACCUGGGCAAACUACACCUUGAGGUAUUGGGAACACUAUAGAGCACUAAUGGAAGAAGGAUGAGAUUCCUCCAUCUCCCUCUGCUGCUCCAAGGACCUGAUCCAGGACAUAUUCUCCAAGGGGCGCUUUUUAAUUACCAGUUCAUCUUGUGGCAAUGUGCUGCACACUAUUUAAUAGUAAUAAAAAAUGUCACUCCUCUAUG